AUGGCGGGCUGCAGGCGGCUGAGCGGCCCGAGCCUGCGCGAGGUGCUGGGGGAGGCGCAGGGGGUGCUCUUCGACUGCGACGGGGUCCUGUGGACCGGUGAGCGCGCGGUGCCCGGCGCGCCGGAGCUGCUGGAGCGCCUGAGCCGCGGCGGGAAGACCGCCCUCUUCGUCUCGAACAACAGCCGCCGCUCCGUGACCGAGCUAGAGCGCCGUUUCUCCCGCCUGGGCUUCCGCGGCGUCCGAGGCGAGCAGGUCUUCAGCUCCGCGCUCUGCUCCGCGCUCUUUCUGCGGCAGCGCCUCGUCGACGGCCAAGACGGGGCCGCCGGAGACUCCUCCGCCUCGCCCCCCGGGCCGGUCUUCGUGCUGGGCGGCGAAGGGCUGCGCGGGGAGCUGCGCGACGCGGGGCUGCGCCUGGUGGGGGAAGAGGAGCUGGCGCCGGGCCCGGUGCGCGCCGUCCUGGUGGGCUACGACGACCAGUUCACCUUCUCCAAACUCUCCGAGGCCUGCGCCUACCUGCGCGACCCGCAGUGCCUGCUGGUGGCCACCGACCCCGACCCCUGGCACCCGCUGAGCGAUGGGCAGCGCACCCCGGGAACUGGGAGUCUCACAGCUGCAGUUGAAACAGCAUCUGGGCGCAAGGCAACGGUAAUUGGGAAGCCAAACACAUACAUGUUUGAGUGCAUUGUGGAGCGCUUUGGUGUGGAUCCAUCUCGCAUGCUCAUGGUGGGUGAUCGACUGGAGACAGACAUCCUGUUUGGCAAGAACUGUGGUAUGGAUACGGUCUUGACCCUGACAGGCGUUUCACGUCUGGAGGAGGCACAGGCUUAUAUGGCCAGUGACAGCCCCACUGCAAAGGACCUGGUGCCUCAUUACUAUGUGGACAGUAUUGCAGACUUGAUACCAGGCCUGGAUGAGUAAGAGGGAAUGUGGGUGGAUACAGGGUCCUAAUCCCUUUCCAGAAUGUCACUCUUUCCUGUUGACACACCCCUCUUUAAUUCUGGGCUUAUGACAUUCCAGUAUUUGUUUAGGCAGGAAUGAAGAGAGGGGAUUGCUUCCCCCUUUAUUCUUGGAGCUCAUUCUGUUCUCAUUUUAGCCAGAAGUAGAGGAACACGUGGUCCUAUGUGAAAACAGAGAAUGUUUCCAGACCAAGUCAGUAUUUAUUUGUUUAUGUAUUCCGCCUGGCUUCCUCUUGGUGUAGUAUAGCUAUGUUAUUUAUUUGAAUUGUUUUUGUUGUUCUGUAGCCACUAGUGGCCUUUACUGUUGUCCUUUACUAUUGUAUUUGUUGUUCUGAAGCUUUAAUGAGGCAACAUUUGUACCAGUGCUGUUCUUAUUUUUUUUUAAAUCACAGCUGCCGUUAAAUGCCAGUGUCAGGCUUUCUUGUCCCAGAACUCU